UAUGAUGUCUUCUGGAUUUCUCCAUCCAUAACUCUGAUUACAAUAUAACAGGUAAACAAAGGUUUUCUAGGUAUACUGCAAUUUCUCACUUGGAAAUAGUCACUCCUUUUUUUUUAAAUUACACUAUUUCAAGCUCGACAGUUCGUUUAAAUGAAAGCGAGCGCUUUUUUAGUGGAUCGAAAUAAUUAAGCACACCUAAUCUUCACGGCUUUUUGCUAACUUUUUGCUCGGUAGUCGCGUGUGCAUCUGACCUAAGGCAAGAUCCCAAGGCGCGCCUGUUUUCCAAAACAGAAAAGAAAGUCUUGAAGCCACCGUAUAACAUAACUGUAACGUUUCUUUGCCCCUUUGCCUCAAAUUGCAACGUUCGUUGUGCCAAUUGCACUUGCAUCUUUUGCCCACUAAGUAAAAUCUGUCUGCGUCAUUGUGUCCUAAGCAAACCCUGACAAGAUUCUAUGAGAAGUUGUGACCCAAGUUAUUGCAAUAUCCCCUCUUUUUCGGUUAACCAUUAGAUACGUGUAGAAUGCACAUUCAAAUUAAUCGUAAUUAAAUUUCCGAGACAGAUUUUCACUUGUGGUCGAAUUUUACCGCAUUUGUAGAUGGCGGUUAGAUCGUCUGCCAUGUUGCCAAAACAACCACACAAGGUAACACGUCUGUUCCACGAAGCUGCUGUGCUCCAUAGUGGACCAGUGAAAUAUAUAACGAAAACAGCUGAUCGCAAACUGACGACAUGCAGUAGCGCUGGAAGUGACUGUUUCAUGCGAGUGAAGAAUUUUUAACUAGGAAUAUGUGUAGGCGCUAAGUCAAAGUUUGUCUUGCGUUUUUAUCAAGGACUAAAGUUUGUGCUAUGUUUCAUCAUUAUAGCCAGCGGAACUAAGUGCUGAUGGAGGACAUUGACAUGAACGUCGACUCUAUUGGGAUACUUAGAGAUGACAUGAUGAGAGAGGCGGCAGACAGCAGCUGCGAAUUAGCUAACCGAGGGCCGGUGAACUUUGCUUUAAAAUGGCUAAACUUCUAUAUUACAACCGAAGGAUCGUGUGUGGCUGUAUACGACGAACAGAACCUAACGCCGAUAGCUUCGCGAAAGCUCCUCAAUAGCCAAACUUUACAUGGGCUCCGAGCGGUUCCGAAUACAUCGACCGAUGCGGGAACGGAACUACAAAGCGAGUUUCUUGCUUUUGGCGGGCGCUUCUUCACGCGGGUGACAUUUCGUAUCGAAAUCGAAACGAUGCUUGUUGAUAUCAUCUACAAUUCGCCAGUUUAUGCUCUCGGGGACUGGAUAUGGGACUUGCGCACAUUUAUGGACGGGUCACAAGCGGCCCUGUUAAGCCACAACCAAAUGGUGUACUUCAACAGACAGGAUCAGCUACCGUUUUCCGGAGAAUGCGGACCAGACACUAUCGAAUACAGGCUUUGCGCAGUUCAAUGCAUUCUCUAUUCGGGCCAGAUUAUCGGUUCCCGUCCUGACAAGCUGAAAGUUGCAGCUGGCACUGUUUUCAACGAAAUUCUUAUAUGGGACGCACAGACGGGUCAAGUUUUUCAUGUGCUGAAGGGUCAUCAGGGAGUGAUAUUCUCAGUAAAUGUGUAUCUGAAUCAAGGCCUCAUCGUGUCCACGUCCGAUGACCGCAGUGCAAGAAUCUAUCGCAUAGAGAAAGGAUCGUUUGGUGGAACAAAUGAAAAUCUAUCAGAAGCCACAAUCAUGCAUGUCGCUGCACUGUACGGCCACGGCAGUCGUGUCUGGCGGGCGGCCCUCAUGCAGAAGAACCUGGUGACAGUGGGUGAAGAUGGCUUUCUUUGUCUCUGGGAUAGCUUCUCGGGAAAGCUCUUGGGCCGACGACAGGUUCCCGGCGGGGGUAGCGUAAGCUCACUUUUAGUUAGUGGUGAUCAGGUGAUACUUGGAGGUAUCGCGGGCUCGUUGAGUGUAAUCAACAUUAAAUCGGUCACCUUAACCGGCUUUCCCAAAGACUCAACUUGGACCAUGCCGUUAGUUCCGAAGUUAGGUGCUGUCAAGUGUAUCAGCAUUGACAGGGGCAAAGUAGUGGUGAGCACGACGUCUGGCAACUAUUUGCUGAGCCAACUUGGCACAGAGCUUCAUAAUUGGGAACAUAACUUCUAUUUUAAGGAAUGCGAAGACUAUAAUGUCGUCGGCCAACAUUCAGGCUUCCUAUUUACGGCGAAUAAGCACGGCUCCGUAGCAAGUUUUGCCGUGGCCGAUCAGCUCGUUAUUUGGGAUAGACAGAGAAUGCAUGAAGGACGCAUUUACUCGUUGAUCUGCUUCGGCAAUCCGUUUUCAGGCUACACUCAGGUGUUGUCAACGGGCUUCAGCGGAAACAUGUUUGUGAUGCGUUUCUGCAACCGUCAAAAAAGCCUAAUCAAAAUUAAGUCGUUGGUCCUGCCUAUUGGUAGUGAACGCUGUGCAACGUGCGCUUUACAGAUAUCUAUGCACCGAAUUCUGGUCGGUGAUCGCCAAGGCAACAUAUUCCUCUAUUCGCUAGAUAGAAGCGCUCGAAAUACUGUGCUGUCGUCUCUCUUCAACCUUCAUGGCAAGUAUGGCACGACGGACUUGAAACGAGAUAGUGAAGACCGAAUACUGUCAUCCGGUCGUGACGGAAAGGUCUAUGAGCUCGCAUUGCAGAAUGACAGCUUGCUGUGUCUGCGUGUAUUCUGGCAACAUCCGACCAUCGAAUGGAUUGGGCGCAUUCUACCGUAUAAAGAUCGACUUUUGCUAGCGUGCUAUCAGUCAGGAGACUUUUUAUUGCAUGAUGUCGAGAGCGACUACACGUUGCUAUCGAUGGCUACUGGAGGAGGACACCGUGCUUGGGACUGCGGUAUCGAUAACGAUCGUUUUUACUACGCGCGGGCCUACAAAAACAGUGUGCUUGUCGAUUCAGUGAGUGUUGACGAACGCUUGGCACAUGUUCUUAAAGCUCCCGUUCACACAAAGAAGAUCAACUGUACCGCAACCCUAUGGCAUCUUGAUGAUAGAGACGUUGUCGUCACUGGUGGCGAAGGUAAUCUUCUGUUGAUAUCUGUCAUAUCAUCAUUUCGAGUCAUUCGACCAGCCGUUCGUUUGUAUGGACAUAUCUCUUCAGUAAAAUGUGUGGCCGUUUGUGAUUUUUUCACGGAUAAAUUGCUGGUCAGCGUCGGCGGUCGAGGACAACUAAUCGUGUGGUGGGUCAACAGCGACCUAUCGGUGAAAAUGAUGGACAAAAAUUUCAUUUGGAAUACCGACCGAACCGAGGACAAACGGAAACCAUGGAAAAAUACCUCGAACAAGGUGAAGAACGAGGCCCUGACACGCUACAUGUCGGUAACUGUCCGACCCGAGGGAAACAUGAAAAAGACGCCUCGAUUUCACAUUAUAGCCGUUGGUUCGGACACUAUUAUCCGCCUAUUCAGCUACAGUAUAGGCGAAAGUAUUGAACCGACAACAACAGUCGAUGGAGGUGAGUUCUGCCAACUACAAACAAGAUGGCUAAGCGAGACGACAUUUUUAGCCGCAGCGACGGAUGGACUCCUCAAGUUGUACAACGUUACACAGAACAAGCUAGUAACGCCAACAACAACAUCGACAGCGGCUCUCGAGGCCAGCUCGAGUACGGAUACCACAGAAAAUUCGACAACAUCAGCAGCCGCAACGCCUCCGAGCGUUUCAGUAAAAUGUAUGGGCUCGGCUUCUGCGCAUCAAUCCGGAGUGAACGCUCUGGACGUUCGAGGCUCAUUGGUGGCUACCGGGGGAGAUGACAAUGCAAUUACUCUGAGUAGAAUUACGCACAGUGGCUCGGUAACGGCAGUCGAAGUGAUAUGUCGGGUUGUCAACGCACACGCCACUCAAAUAACCGGUGUGCUGUGGGUAGGUGAUUACCACCUGCUGUCAACAUCCAUCGAUCAGCGUGUUACACUAUGGAAACUUCUAGACGGUAAGAGCUUGGAGCCACAAUGGACGAAAAUGACGGCUGUCGCAGAUGUGGCUGGUUUCACCCUCUUCGCUGAAAAUCGCUACGUAUUGAUUGUGGGACAAGGACUUGAAGUGAUUUCUGUCACUGAAGGUGGCAGCGAGGCGUUGUAAAAACAGUGCCUGGAAGUUUUACCAGUGCGCGGUUCGAGAGCAGCCGCUGCAAUUAUAGUUCUGGC